UUUCUAUGCUUCCGUCUCCUCGGCACCGCCCGAAGCCAAGGCACGUAAUAAGAGGCGCGAGAGAGAGCCCAUACAGGGAGAGAGAGGCUUCGUCGGCGAAAUUGGUUUGUCUCCUGAAGAAGGGUUUCUGGUUUAAACUCGAUUUGGUUACGGUGCACCGUGUUUGUCAGUUCCUUGACUGCCUGAAUAGGUCGCGUAUUCCCUUGCUGAGGUUGGUUUGAGUAUCUGUGAACAUUGUGUUAUUGUGUAUGGCCACUGAGACUUUUGUCAAACCAGUGAUGGCAAAUGGUCAUGAUGGGUAUGAUGAUGAUGACGAUGAUGAAAUGCCUCUUGUUUUCAAGAGGAGUAAUACCGUUGCCUCUAAUUCGAGUCAAUCAAACCCCAAUUCUCGGAAGGGCAAGACAGUUUCUCCCCCCAAGGCAUUACCGAUGAGAUCUCCGCAGGUGAGUCCCAAUGGAAUAACUUCAUCUGUUAGAAAUUCUACAAUGAAGUCCCCUCCACCAUCGUCUUCAUCUUCGAAGGCUUCGCCAGUUAAGUCACCCAUGCAGAAUUAUAAGUCUCCUACUGUCAAUGAUGGAAACAAGCCGCGUAAAGAUCCUUCUGGCUUCAAAAGUGAUAAUGACGAUUCUGAGGACGACACACCUUUGAGUGCCAUACUUUCUGGAAAUUCUAGCCGGUCAAAUAAGGCGCCAACCUCUUCUCAGCAGAUAACUCCACAGAAAUCGAAGCAAAAAAUCAGUGGCAACCCCGCUAUGGAUAGGUCAAAUAAAAACAUAAAAGAUGAGUCAGAUGAUGAAGUUCCAAUAUCAGCAAGGAUUCAGAAAAAGGCUGGUAAUGAGACAUCAGGUAGCAAGCCUGAGUAUGAAGAUGAAAAGAAACCUUUGGCUAGAAAAUUCCAGUCAAAUGGUUCUGUGAUUAAGAAUGAAGGGCAGAAUUCAAAGUUGUCUGGGAAAAGACCUCUGGAUAAAUCCAACUCUGCAGAUCAAUCUUCCAUCAAGAAGGCCAAGGUAUCAACUUCAUCUAUCUCUGUGGCAGUGAAGCAAGAAUAUGUUAAAGCAGAAAAAUCAGAUGAUAAGAGGAAGGUUCUGGUUUCACCUGGUCCAAUGAAGGGAAAACAAAAGUCUAUCAAAGAAGAUGGAUCUGACGAUGACAAUGUCCCAAUUGCCAAGAAAAUGAAGUUAAACUCCUCUAAUAUGAAAACAUCAUCUGCAAAACCUAAAGUUGCAAAACAGAAUACUCCUUCAUCAUCUCUGAAACAGAAUACUCCUUCAUCAGCUGCAAAGGCAAGAGUGACAAAAGUAGUUUCAUCUUCGCCAAAGAAAAUGACUAAGAACAAGAAAGGGAAGAUAGAUUCUGAAUACUCUAAGUCUUCAAAAUCAUUACCUUCCGGUGAUGGGCAAAAGAAAUGGACAACCUUGGUGCACAAUGGUGUAAUUUUUCCUCCUCCAUAUUCACCUCAUGGAAUUAAGAUCUUGUACAAGGGGAAGCCAGUUGAACUAACACCUGAGCAAGAAGAGGUUGCAACAAUGUUUGCAGUGAUGACAGAGACAGACUACUAUAAUAAAACCCAGUUUAGGGAGAAUUUCUGGAACGAUUGGCAAAAAUUGCUUGGCGAAAAUCAUGUGAUACAAAAAUUGGAUGAUUGUGACUUCACUCCUGUGUAUGAGUGGCAUCUGAAAGAGAAGGAGAAGAAGAAGCAAAUGAGCACAGAAGAGAAAAAAGCUCUGAAAGAGGAGAAAUUGAAGCAAGAGGAGAAGUAUAUGUGGGCUAUUGUUGAUGGUGUUAAAGAGAAGGUUGGGAAUUUUAGAGUUGAACCUCCUGGGCUAUUCAGAGGCCGAGGAGAACAUCCCAAGAUGGGAAAAUUGAAAAAGCGUAUCUGUCCCUGUGACAUCACCCUAAAUAUCGGGAAAGGUGCUCCUAUUCCAGAGUGCCCCAUCCCUGGUGAAAGUUGGAAAGAAGUAAAGCAUGACAACACAGUCACUUGGCUAGCUUUCUGGAACGAUCCGAUUAAUCCUAAAGAAUUCAAGUACGUAUUUUUGGCAGCUAGCAGUUCUCUGAAGGGGCAAAGUGACAAGGAGAAGUAUGAGAAAGCAAGAAAGUUAAAGGACCAUAUAGACAGCAUCAGGGAUACAUACACCAAGAAUUUUACUGCUAAGGAUAUUAUGAAGAAGCAAAUAGCUGUUGCUACCUAUCUCAUUGAUAAAUUGGCUCUUAGGGCUGGAAAUGAGAAGGAUGAUGAUGAGGCGGAUACGGUUGGUUGCUGUACGCUCAAAGUAGGAAAUGUGGAGUGUAUUCCUCCAAAUAAGUUAAAGUUUGACUUCCUUGGUAAAGAUUCAAUCCAGUAUGUGAAUACGGUUGAGGUCGAGCCUCCUGUUUACAAGGCAAUUGGACAGUUCCAGACUGGAAAGUCAAAAGCGGAUGAUCUCUUUGAUCAAUUGGACACAAGCAAACUGAAUGCCCAUCUUAAGGAGCUUAUGCCUGGCCUCACUGCUAAAGUGUUCCGUACAUAUAAUGCAUCUAUCACAUUGGAUGUAAUGUUGAGUGAAGAAACCAGAGAUGGUGAUGUAGCCGAAAAAGUUGUAGUUUAUCAGCAAGCAAACAAGCAGGUUGCCAUAAUUUGUAAUCAUCAGCGAAGUGUUUCGAAAUCACAUGGUGCACAGAUUGAGAAAUUGGCUGGGAAAAUAGAAGAACUUAGGGAUCUGAUAAAGGAACUGAGAACCGAUCUUGGCAGGGCUAAGAAAGGAAAACCACCAUUGGCAGGUUCCGAUGGAAAGAAGAAGAGGAACUUAGCUCCAGAAGCAUUGGAGAGGAAGAUAGCUCAGACGAACGGGAAGAUAGAGAAGAUGGAGAGGGACAUGCAGACGAAGGAGGACAUGAAAACAGUGGCACUGGGCACUUCUAAGAUCAACUACAUGGAUCCAAGAAUAAGCGUUGCAUGGUGCAAACGCCAUGACGUACCCAUCGAAAAGAUAUUCAACAAGUCGCUUCUGGCAAAGUUCGCUUGGGCAAUGGACGUGGAACCCGACUUCCGAUUCUGAUUCCGAUUCCGAUUCCGAUUCCGACCCCUAAGAAGGAGACGAGAUUGAUCUUCCCUAAUGUAAAUUCUUUUGAGUUGGGCAAAAUUCUGAAGCCAGAUCCAUGCCCUCUCUGCCCCGAAACAGUCUAUGUUGAGUUUCUUUUUUUUUUUAAUCUUUGGAACAGAUUCGUAGAAGAAAUCGUCGUUGUAACGUUUGUAAAUACUAUCAACACUUGCGUCCCAUUUUGGAUUAAAUCCCUCAGAAUCAAUUUUCCCAUUUGGAUUUGGAUCA